AUGGACGUGGCGUCGCUGGGAAGUCUCCCAGACGAACUCGUUCUCGACAUUGUCCAACAUCUGGACACGGCUCGCGAUGUGGCUCAUCUGGGGAGCGCAUCUCGACACGCGCAUGCCGUCAUCAACCGGAGCGGGUGGCGCAGCUUCGUGAGGACCAAAUUCCCUUCCAUCAACGUCCCAUCAGGGGGUUUGACGGGAUGGAAUGCCGUGGCAGACCGCUUGACGUAUCUGGACCGGUGCUGGAACAGUCGCGGACUCUAUCUGACGGUGUAUGGGGAGAAGUCGCCGGCGCGGGCCAAGAGGAGGGAGUUUGCCAGGAGCAGACAGUCUGUCAACUUUCACUCUGUCAUUGAUGCUACGACGCUCUUGUCCACGCAAGAAGAGCUGUUGGCGCAUGGCGCGGGAGAGAACCUGAUAUUUCGACGAAGGGGGGUGAAUAGCAAGGCAUCAGACAAUUGGAGCAAGCUGGGAGGCCGUGAAACCGGAUAUGCGGCUGGGACGGGAGACGUAACAGCAAUCAGCAUCAUCGAGCGCCAGCAGUUUCCAGAGGUGGUUGUUGGAAGGGCCGAUGGAGGCCUUCAACUCUUGGACGUCGGAGAUGAGACAAUAUCAGACUCAUCUCAGAGCUUCCUUACUACACACGACACUAGCAACCAGUCCAGACUUCCUCCCCGAAUGUCUCCUGGACAGAGAGCGAUUUCAUGGACUGAGUGGCAAUCCGACGCCAAGUUGCUGGCUAGUUGCAGAAGCUCCAUCUUGACGCUGUACAACCUUUCCAACACAGAAGAAGCAACACUGAAACCUGUCCUCUACUAUGAUGUAUCCAAAGACAGCUCCCCCGAUGAGGUUUCGCUUUUACGCAGCGUCAAGUUCAUGGGCCAGGACGUGAUUGCGUGUGGAAUUGGUGGUAGCCGUGAGCCUUUGAGAUUGGCCAAGAUUCGACCCACGGGAAUUGAGUUUUUCGAUGCGGCAAGGAACUCCAGGAUGAGCAAGGACAAUGCUGCGGCAGAUUCCGAGACAGCAGCUGAGAAGACGACAGUUCGUGAUAUUCAGCCAGUUACAAGGAUGAAUGACAACCUACUCCUCAGCGCCUGGGACGACGGAAGCCAUAGACUUUCGGAUUUACGGACUCCCUCUGCCCAUGACGUCCUAUAUCGAGAUGGCUUCCAGCCGUAUCAAGCCAGCAGCUCAAUGCUAGUAUAUGGAUCUGAACGAUUUGUAGCCGGCAACAACUGCAGCCCCGAUCUCCGAUUCUUUGACUUUCGGUUCCCAAAGGCGUACCAUCACACCAGCGCCAUGCCUUGUUCUGCAAAGACGCCUCUUCCGGGACGGCCCCACCAGUAUGGCGCCAUCAACGAAGUCGAUGAGCUUCAGAUCAAUCCGGUCGAAGAGUGCGAUUCCGCAUCUGGUCGGAGCUGCACGUGGCAUCAUCUAUCAAGACAAGAUAGCUGGCGGCCAGACGCAGUCAUGCACAUCUACAGCGCAUCGAUGGACCGAGUCCACAGCCUGGCCAAGGCAUCCGACUUGUCGACGUCGUUCUACUGCGGCGUCAGAGGGGCUCUCGUGGAGGCGACAUAUGCCCUCGCUGAGGAUAUAGACUCGAUUGUAUCUCGUCGGUCAGCGUCGGAAGGAUGGCAAGCUGUCGACCCCGAGGGAAGAGCUUCGUUGAUAGAGACGGGGAUUGAAAAGUUCUUAAUACAAGGAGUUCUGUUCAGGGCAAUGUCGAGUACCCCAAGCCCCGAGUUUAAUGGCGAUGAAAGCUGA